CACCAUAAGCUGUAUCGGACCGAAGCACCGGCAUAAAAUCCCCCCAGCCAUAAUAAAGCUACGAAGCCCGCGCUUCGAACAACUUAUUGUUUCCACGUAACACUAACGACUGCAACAUAGAACCAAUGCACCGCACACUUCGAGGUCAAGAUGUUCACCAGCUUCGGCCCAUCUUCGGCUCAAUAUGAGAAUGUCAUGUUCAAAAACGACAUCGAUCCAAAUUCUAGGCAGAGAGGCGCUAUAAGAGAUGGUAAAGUGGCCAAGACAAGCAGCAACGUUGCUAAACCUAGUAGCCAGGAUGCUCGAGACCAUUUGACCAUUAAUACGGCUAUUUUUGCGCCUUUAGAGGGAAACUAUCUCCACUGGUCGCUCGCCGUUCGCGAUUGCGACGCUCCGGAGGCAGACGCUUGGCAUAUCUGGGAGGUUGCCCAAGAGCAACCCUUCGCGCCAUAUAAGGCAAAUUAUAUCCGCGCUGAUCCAACCCGCGAGACAAGGUUUCGACACUUGGUCAGAAUGGGCGCUGUGCCUCGUGGUCGCCUGGAUGAGAUCCAAGCCGCUGUCCGGGCUGCCGACGCCGCGGAGGAAGAGCGGGCCGCCCAGUGGAAUUGUCAGGAUUACGUCUUCGACGUGUGGGAGAACAUCUGGAGAUAUGGACUCGUUACCGAAGAGACGCAUUAUGCCGCGCGAGAUGAGCUGCUCGACUACUAUGGUCCGGGCGCUAGUGGGCCUGGAGAGGACGAAAAUGAGAACGAGGCCGAAGAAGAAGCUGAAAAGCCCCGUCGGAUUUUAUCGGAGGAGUUUGUCUAUGAUUCGGACGAAUAAACACUGAUUCAUACCUACUUAGGGGCUAAAGCUAUGGGGGCUUUAGCGUAUUGUUAUACGAAGUAGUAAAUAAAUAUUUAAUUAACGUGGUUCAUCAGUACCCG